AUGGCUGAUUCCGUGAAUGAAACCAAGCUUUUGGCAAGUCCUGUACACUCAGGUGUUGCGGUGCUAGGGAAUGGACGCUUAGAUAUCGACCUGUCCGACAGGAGUUUUGCCGGUUGGUUGGCUCGCUUAGAGCAGCAUCAUCGUCGCCAGUCCUUUCCGGAGCAAAGGGAGCAGUCGGCUUUACCUUACACAACACCAGUUGGUGGUGACACACUACAUCUCCGUCUGAACAUUGUCAUCCAUGUCGUGGGAUCGCGCGGAGAUGUUCAACCGUUCCUUGCUCUAGGGAAGCGCCUCAAGAAGUGUGGCCAUCGCGUCCGGCUGGCAACACACCUUGCAUUUCAGAGUUUGGUAAGGGACAACGGGUUGGAAUUUUUCAGCAUAGGAGGAAACCCGACCGAACUGAUGACGUACAUGGUGAAGAACGCAGGACUUCUUCCCGAAUUUAAGACAGUCCGGACGGGAGCUGUCGGACGGCAACGGCAGGAUAUGAAGGACAUUAUGAAUGGCUGCUGGCGAUCGUGCUUUACGGCUGGAGAUGGCACAUCAUCUGAUUCGAUUCUAAAUCAUAACAUUAAGCUUGAUGACGGACAACGGCCGUUCGUAGCCGACGCAAUUAUUGCCAAUCCCCCCAGCAUGGCGCAUAUCCACUGCGCUGAGAGACUAGGGGUCCCACUGACUAUUAUAUUCACAAUGCCCUGGUCACCCACCAAAGCGUUCCCUCACCCGCUUGCGAAUGUGCAUCGACAUCACACGAGACCAACAAUCGCGAAUCUUGUGUCCUAUAACAUUGUGGAUAUGGUUCUGUGGGGGGGUCUCGGUGGCAUAAUCAACACGUUGCGCAGGAAAUCUCUUGGUCUAGAUAUCCUGGAUGCAGCUCAAGCGGUCGCUAUACUACAUCGAUUACGUAUCCCCAAUGCCUAUCUCUGGUCUCCUGCUCUACUGGAGAAGCCUCCGGACUGGGGUGACCAUAUCGAUAUUUGUGGUUUUGCCUCCCUUCCUGUAGAGGUCGACUACCGACCGCCAGACGACUUGUUCGUUUUUCUACAAAUGGGACCAGCCCCAAUUUAUAUAGGAUUCGGGUCUAUCGUUGUGGAUAAUCCACGAGAGCUGAGUGAUAUUGUUAUCGGUGCCAUUGAGAGAACCGGACAGCGGGCCAUUAUCUCUAAAGGUUGGUCAGGGCUAGAUACCGGUGCAUUAACUGUCCCAGACCAUAUCUUCCUGCUAGGCGAAUGUCCUCAUAAUUGGCUGUUUCAAUAUGUUUCAUGUGUGGUCCACCAUGGUGGUGCAGGGACCACUCAAACUGGCCUUAAAUUCGGCUGUCCCACCGUCGUUAUCCCUUUUUUUGGCGACCAGCCCUUCUGGGGAUCUAUCAUCGCCGAUCUCGGAGUCGGUCCGAUUCCAGUUCCAUACAAGGAGCUCACUAUAGACAGACUGGCAGAUGCUAUCCGGGAGGCUCUGAAGCCGCCUUUGAAGCGAAAAGCUCGGGAGAUCAGUCAUCGUAUGAGCCGAGAAUCUGGGCUGGAUAAUGCCGUCUCAAGUUUUCACAGGCAUUUACCACAAGCGCGAAUGCGAUGUGCACUAUGUCCUGCUCGGCCAGCUGUAUGGAAAGUAAAAGAGUCCCGGCUCGUACUGAGCGCCUUUGCAAUGGUCGUACUAGUAGAAGCUGGGUUACUCGCGCCACGUGAUCUCGAAUUGUACCGAGCUGUCCAUUACGAUACUAGCAGAGACCCUCAGAAUCCUUUCAGUGCAACAUCUCAAGCUCUUCUAGGUAGCAUUUCGAAAUUUGUAACUGACAUAGGUGAUAUUGUUUCCAACAUAAAGGACGUUUUGCCUCAGCGGAGUGCCCGCUCACUCUAUGCGCCGCAAUCUCUGGCUGAGCACAUUAACGGCAGCAGAACAUACUCUGUGAGGUCUGACAGUAAUACGAUGAAUCAGAGGAAUGAUCUAAUAAGCUCCGAUGGACGCGUGGAAGUAGGUUCUGAUCAAGGGAGGCAGCUGCCAUCCAGAAACAGUAACAUCCGCAUCCCGGUAACCCGGCGUCGCCUGCGAAGAAUACUAUGCUAUACAAGUCAUUUAUCCCGACAGAUUCUCGAUUUGAUCGUCAUCCCACCAACGGAAAUCACAUUAACUCUUACAAGGGGUAUCCAUAAUGCCCCCCGGUUACUACAUGAUGACACGGUAGAAAGGGUCCCAAAGGUGACUGGUGCACGGAAUGGGAUGAAGACCGCUGGGCAGGAGCUUAUAUUAAGCAUCUACAAGGGUGUCAGUGGGCUCGUUACACUCCCUUAUCGCGGCUUCAAAGAGCUAGACGGUAAGGGCCUCUUCAAAGGCAUUGGGAAUGGAGCCGCGGGUUUGCUUCUUAAGCCAAUGGCAGGACUGUGUGGCUUGGCCGCGUACCCAUUGGCUGGAUUUCACGAACACCUUCAGAAGUCCUUGGCGGAAGAAAAGUUGACUUAUAUUAAGGAAGCUCGAAUCGCGGAGGGUUUUGAAGAAGUCAGAAAUUCUUCUUUCGAGGAAAGAAGAGACGUUGUACAAAGCUGGCGUGCUUUGCAUCCCUCGAGUAACAGAAAUUAG